AUGACUCACCCCAAAGAUCCUCGUAUGUGCCGCGACCAGCUCACUCGAACAGCCCGAUCCACGGAGCCACUUGGGUCGCUGGCAAGCAGCAUCUGUACUGUUGGCAGGAGUGACCAGAAUAAAAACAGCAACACCAGACAUAGAGAAGGAAAAAAGCAAAAUUACAAGCUUGUGGUAAUUAGUGAGUCGAGAAUAAAACCAGCUGAUCGGGAGAGGGGUGUGCAUUUUGGAGCGAGAUGGCUAACAGAAACAUUCUGUUGCUCUUCUUUGGACUCGUUUCUCCUUGCACUGAUUCAGCCCUCUCUUCAAGGAGGUGUUUAUGUACCACAAGGUGCUGGGAUUGGACCAGGAGGAACUGGACCAGGAACUGGAUUCUUUCCAGGGUCUGCUGGAGGAGUCCCUGCAGGCUAUAAACCAGCUAAAGCUGCAGGAGGUUAUGGAGGAGGAGGACGUGGGGUCUCGGGUGGUCUGGUGCCAGGAGGUGUUGGGCCUGGUGGCUACGGCAUUGGACUGGGAGCAGGUCAAGGAAAGCUUCCUAAACCAGGUUAUGGCAAUCUAGGUGUUGGUGGUCUUGGAGGUGGUGGCCUUGGAGCUGGAGGACAUGGAGGACAUGGAGGACACGGAGGAGGUGGUUAUGGAGGAUAUGGAGGUGGAGGCACAGGGGGCUUCUUCCCAGGGGGCUUGGGACAGAAGGCUGCUAAAAGAGGUGCAGGAGGCUCUCUGCUACCACAUGGAGGAACUGGAGGAAUUGGGAUUGGGACUGGAGGAGUUCCUGGAGCACCUGUUAUUCCUCAGACUGGCCUUCCAGGAGGGGCUGCUGGUGGAGCUGGGAAGAAAGCUGCCAAAGUGCCAGGUGUGGGUGUGCCUGGACUUUAUCAAGGCGGACUUGUUCCAGGACAAGGAUUUGGUGGACGUGGAGUUCUGCCUGGAGUGGCCACGGGCAGUGACCUGAAUCCCAAAUCAAUUGGAGUGGGAGGACAAGGAAAUCAAGGACCAGGAGGCCGGGGUUAUGGUGGACCCAUGCAGCCAGGAGUGUUCCAUGGAUACCCACUCAAAUCACCCAAAGUUCAAGGUGCAUAUGGUUCAAAACCUGGAGGCGGCAAACUUCCAUUUGGUUAUGGUGGCUUUGGUACUGGUGGCACUGGACUUCCAGGAGGACAAGGUGGCGCUGGGUCAAGGCCUGGUUAUCCAGUUGGAACUGGAGUGGGUCCUGGAGGCAUCUCACCUGCUCAGGCUAAAGCUGCCAAAUAUGGUGUUGGAGGUGUUGGAGGUGUUGGAGGUGUUGGUGGUGUUGGUGGUGUUGGUGGUGUUGGAGGUGUUGGCGGGGCUGGUGGUCUGUAUCCAGGGCAGGUGCCAGGAGCAGGAUAUGGAGCUGGAUCCAAAGCAGCUAAAUAUGGAGGUGUACCAGGAGGAGUACCUGGAGGUGUACCAGGAGGAGUACCUGGAGGAUUUCCAGGAGGUGUACCUGGAGGAGUUCCAGGAGGUAUACCUGGAGGAAUUCCAGGAGGUAUACCUGGAGGAAUUCCAGGAUUACCAUUUGUUGGUGGAUAUUCACCAGCAGCCAAAGCUGCUAAAUAUGGGUGGGGAGGCACAGGAGGACAGUUGGGAGCUGGAGGACAGGGAGGUGCAGGAGGACAAUUUGGAGCUGGUGGACUUGGAGGUGCAGGAGGACAAUUUGGAGCUGGUGGACUUGGAGGUGCAGGAGGACAAUUUGGAGCUGGAGGACAAUUAGGAACUGGAGGACAGGGAGGAGGUUAUCCUUCUGCUGCAAAAGCUGCUAAAUACGGACUUGGAGGCGCAGGAGGACAAUUGGGAGGUGGAGGACUUGGAGGUGCAGGAGGACAAUUGGGAGGUGGAGGACAAUUGGGAGGUGGCGGAUUUGGAGGUGCAGGACAAUUAGGAGGUGGAGGACAGGGAGGAGGUUAUUCUUCUGCUGCAAAAGCUGCUAAAUAUGGACUUGGAGGUGCAGGAGGACAAUUUGGAGCUGGAGGACAAUUAGGAGGUGGAGGACAAUUAGGAGGUGGAGGAUUUGGAGGUCCAGGACAAUUAGGAACCGGAGGACAGGGAGGAGGUUAUUCUGCUGCUGCAAAAGCUGCUAAAUACGGAGUAGGAGGACUGGGAGGAGCAGGAGGACUUGGGGGAGCAGGAGGACUGGGAGGCGCAGGAGGACUGGGAGGCGCAGGAGGACUGGGUGGAGCAGGAGGAUACUCUGCUGCUGCCAAAGCUGCUAAAUAUGGAACAGGGGGACUGGGAGGUGCAGGAGGAUUUGGAGGAGCCAGACUAGGAGGCACAGGAGGGUUUGGAGGAACAGGACCUGGGGGCACAGGACUGGGAGCAGCAGGAGGAUUAGGAGGUGGAGGAUAUUCUGCAGCUGCUAAAGCUGCUAAAUAUGGAGUUGGUACAGGGCUUGUUCCAAAUGCUGGAGGAGGAAUUCCUGCAAGAGUCCCAAUUUUACCAGGAUAUGGAUCUUUGGCAGCUGGUGCUAAACCUCCUAAAUAUGGAGUUUCAGGAGGAGCUGGAGGACUUGGUGGGGCAGGACAAUUUCCUGGUGUAGGCCUUGGUGGUGGUGGACAAUAUUCUGCUGCUGCAAAAGCAGCAAAAUAUGGAGUUGCAGGAGGAGCUGGAGUAGGGCUAGGAACUGGAGGACUUGGAGGGACAGGGGGAGCAGGAGGAUUUCCUGCUGGAGGACAAGGAGGUGGACAAUAUUAUGCUGCUGCAAAGGCUGCCAAAUACGGACUUCCUGGUGGAGCUGGGGUAGGGUUAGGAGCUGGAGGAGUUGGAGGUUUAGGGGGGGCAGGAGGACUAGGUGUUGGCCCCGGAGGUGGACAGUACUCUGCUGCUGCAAAAGCGGCUAAAUAUGGUGUUACAGGAGGAGCUGGAGUCGGGACAGGGGCAGGAGGACCUGGUGGAAUUGGACCUCAAGGUGGUGUCACUGGAGCAGGACUUGUGGUACCAGGAGCCACUCAAGGUUCAGAUGUCGGUGGCAUUCCAGAUGGUUCUGCUGUUUUGGUACCAGGUGGCACAGGUGUUCCUUUUAAACCAGAAAAGGAUGCAGGUCCUGGAGCAACUGCCAGACCAGUGCCCACAUCUAUUUCUGCAACUGGCAAAGCCCCAGAGGUCCCGCAGACCAGCAUUGCGGGUGGAAUUAUUCAGCCCAGUGCUGGCACCAGUGUUGGUGGAGCAGGUGUCGGGCCUUCCGGUGUCGGUACAACAGGCCAAGGUCAGCCUGUUGCACCAGGAGUCCAACGACCUGGAGCUUUUGGUGUUGGAACAGGUGGCAAAGCACCUAAACCCUUCAUACCAGGUACUGGAGUGGGUGUUGGUCCAGGCGGAGCUGGAUAUCCUUAUGUUGGACCUUAUGGACUCCCUUAUGGUGUUGGAACCGGUACUGGUACUGGAGCUCUACCUGCAGCUAAACCUUUGAAACCACCUGUGCCUGGAGCAGGAGGAGGAGGUGUAGGAAUCCCACUGGCGGCAGGAGGUUAUCAAGGGGGAUACUAUCCAUAUCUUCAUGGUUAUGGGCAGGGCGGUUUGGCGUAUCCCUCAAAUGUUGGACUGGGAGGUGCAGGUGGUGGAGCCAAACCACCAAAACCAGGUUAUGGUAAUCUUGGAGGUGGCGGUGGAUUUCAGCCAGGUGUGGGUUCAGCGGUACCUGGUUAUGGAGGAGGUUACCCCCAACAGUACUACCAAGGCGGAUACGUGCCAGCCCCACUGACUCCUCAACAAGCCAAAGCGGCCAAGUACGGUCCCCUGCAGGGCUUCUUUGGUGGUGCAGGAGGAGGAGGAGGAGGAGGAGGCUACAGAGGUGGAGUUGCAGGAUGCCAGGGCAAAUACUGUGGGAGGAGGAAGUAGAGGAACUCUUGAGAUCCAGUGUGACCCCAAGAAACCAUGGUGCUACUGCAUGAUCGAGAAUGUACAUUUUAUAUGCAAACAAACCCCAUUAGAAAUCAUGUAAAGAUGUUUUGUUUUUCAAACUUGACUUUAAAGUCUGUUUUUAUACAAAACCCACCGACCCAGAAUUUUGUACUUGUUCUGAUGUGAUGUAUGUUAUUGAUAGUGCCUUAAAACAUUAAGCUUUAUGUGCACCAGUCUAGUUACAAUACAAAGAGUGUUUGUGUCACUUUGUUUUUUGUGCAUUAAUGUGUAAGUGUGUUUAAUUGUACUGUUGUGCUUAAGACUGUCUGAACUAUUGGCUGCAAGUGUGACCUAUGAAUGACCACCCUAAAGCACUGUAACCUGUCGUCAGUGUCACAGCCCACGCUGUCUCACCUCGCUGUGUCAGAGGGGGGGUAGGGUUGGGCGAGGCUGGUCGAUAAUUUGAUGAUAUGUGGCCACUCUCAGCAUCGUUUCUGGCUCCCUGUCUUCUCUGCUGCUAUUUAUAGACAUGCUGGGAAUGAAGCAGCAGGAAUCAGGCUCAGGCCAACCCAUCUGCUCUCAGAAACUUUGCUGAUUCUCGUUGCUAUAGAGUUCGGUCUUUCUCAGUGUUUUUAGUGUUGGAAAACUUGUGAUGUAUGAAGAGCAGUUUGUGCUCUGAGCUGAAGACAAUCAAAAAGGGUUUCAUUCAUUACAGGAUGUUUAAAAACCAAGGGGAAAGCAGUGUUGCCAUUUAAUUCCGCAUAAAUUGGAAGUUAAUUUAGAUACAGCUCUGGCAUUUAUAUUAUGUUUGUAUCAAUGUUUAAUUGUGUGUCAUUGUCCUAAUGUCCAGUAUCAAGGUCUUUAGUCUGCUUGUAUUGUUUAGUCUUUUUUGCAGCAGUAGUUAUUUACAUGUACAUAACUUAUGUAACAUCUUGCAACAGCUUUGACUCAUAGCUAUUGUUAUCAGGAAUGUUUGGCCAUAAAAAAAGCGACCUUUGCUCCUGCAUUUAUUCAUUGUUUAGAUUUGUAAUAAAGGACAACACUUUGUGUAAUGGGUGUCUUUAUGUGAGACAUAAGCUCCCACAGUUCAUUGACUUGAGCUGCUUUUAAAAAAGGCGUAUUGACCAAAGGUUCAUGAGCGCUGUUGCAAACUUUUUCUGUAAUUGUGUACUGUAUUUUGUACUAAUUGUGAUGUUAGCUGGCCUCAGUUCCUUCACUUGGUGCUGUGUUAGAACUGUCUUUGAGCCUUGCUCGUCGUAUGUGCCGUGGGAUACUCUUCAUCUUUAUUUAAAAACUGUUUUUAGAAGGAGGAACGGUGUGGUUUUGCACUUUUUAUAUUUCCAUGACACACUUGACUUAUUCCCGAAUAUCCCGACAUUUUAUUUGCUUCUUUAAAUAACAAAAUAAAAUGUGUUUAAAGUCA